UCGUUGCACUCUACAACGAUCUGUCUGCGGGCCAUGAGGAGACGGUGGAUCACCUCCUCGAUCUGUGUAAACGCGACCAACUGGAUGAUGCGGUCUCCCUUGAGGCCUUGAUUUCUUCAGUGAAUUUCUUUAACAAAAUCCAUACCACUCACGUUGUGCCCGCACUCAAUGCCUUAUCCGAAAGCAUGAACUGCACCGAAAUGAUGACCAACUUUGCACGCAUUACUCUCGCCUGUUCGGAAGCUGUUACUGUGGGUGCCUCGUGUCUUGCUGCCUUCACUGGUCAACCACUGGAUAUUGUGGAUCCAGAGAGCGGUGUUGGCGCCGAAACAGGUCUACCAAAAGUUAUCGCUCACAUGGGCCAGCUUAGUGCCUCAAUCCGUGCUCACUCUCGCUGUAUUCGUCGUCGAUUGCCCAGCAACAGCGAGUCUCAACCACUCUGUUUCCCACCCGGUCUGUCAGUCCGCCUCGACUUAGCCCUUUACCAACUCGUCAUUUGUGCUCGCUGUGUCUAUGCCACUACCAAGAGUACGGCUCAGAUGGUCGCUACUCAAAUGGCGGAGCAAACAGGUCUGGACGCCGCUAUGGUGAUUCGGGAGUGCCUUGCACCAACUGUGGAAGGCGUAUUGGCAGAGACGGACACACCAGUGAGCAGUACGACUCCUCCGGAGACCAGUCUC